CAGAAUGAGGGCGGUGCAGGAGGACAGAACAGACGUGAUAAGGCAACUAUCAACCGCUUGAAAAUGUACAAGUCUGGCGGCAAAGCCAUCCGUGACACCAAAGGACGCAUAACAACUCCCGCUCCAUUCCAGUCGGCAUUGCCAAGUGGAACUCAAGUCCGUGUACAGCCUGACAGAAGAUGGUUCGGCAAUACGCGAGUUGUAGGUCCAAAGCAAUUGGAAGCUUUCAGAGAGGCAAUGGCUGAAAAAGUGAAUGAUCCUUAUCAGAUGCUGCUCAAACAAAGCAAGCUACCAAUGUCACUGCUCACUGAAACUACUAAGCAAGCACGUGCACAUCUGUUGGACACAGAGACGUUUGAUGCCACCUUCGGAAAGAAAGCACAGCGAAAACGCCCUAAACUCGCUACUGGCUGCUUAGAUGAGCUUGUAAAAGGAGUAGAGGAGAAAGAAGACAAUUACGAAGUGACUAAGGAUAGCAACGUAGUCGUUGAUAAUAAGGGUGUCAAAGAGGAGAUUAUGGAUACUAUUUUCACCAAAGGUCAAUCUAAGCGUAUUUGGGGCGAGUUGUUCAAAGUCAUCGACUCUUCAGAUAUUGUUGUGCAGGUACUGGAUGCGCGUAAUCCGCUAGGUACACGAACAAAGCAUAUUGAGAAGUUCUUGAAGAAGGAGAAACCGCACAAACAGCUUGUCUUUAUUUUGAACAAGUGUGAUCUUGUACCUCCCGCGGUAACGCAGAAAUGGGUCAAGGUGCUUUCCGCUGAGUACCCAACACUUGCUUUUCAUGCGAGUGUGACUAAUCCGUUCGGAAAGGGAGCAUUGAUCCAAUUGUUGCGACAAUUUGGCAAGUUCCACAAAGAAAAAAAGCAGAUCUCAGUAGGGUUCAUCGGGUACCCCAAUGUGGGCAAAAGUUCCAUUAUAAACACUUUGAAGAAGCAGCGAGUGUGUAAAGUUGCACCCAUCCCUGGAGAAACCAAAGUUUGGCAGUACAUCACCUUGUUCCGCAAAAUCUACCUCAUCGAUUGCCCCGGAGUUGUGUAUCCGUCGAACGAUUCCGAGACGGACAUCAUCCUCAAGGGUGUGGUGCGCAUUGAAAAAAUCACGAACCCCGACGAUUCGAUCCAAGAAGUUCUCGGCCGUGUUAAGAAAGAUCACCUCAAACGGACGUAUGGCGUGGACACCUGGGAGCACGCUGAGGAUUUUCUGGAGCAGAUGGCCAAGAAACGUGGACGUCUGUUACCCGGAGGCGAGCCCGAUCUACGAGCGGUGGCCAAGAAUGUGUUACACGACUGGCAGCGAGGACGUUUGCCGCAUUAUGUGCCACCUACUGAGGCUAUGGUACGGGCGGCAGAAGCGGCCGAGGAGGCACGCACAGGGAAGGUCAAGAGCAAGAAAAAGGCCGCCACAGACUACCUGAGCGUCAAGCAGAAGCUGGAAAAGCUACAGGAGGUUGAGGUCAAGUCCGUAACCGGAGACGAGUCUGAAUCAGAAGAGAAUGGUAUUGAGAAAGUGGAAGUGCCACCCAAGGAUGGUGCUAAGGCAAUCGACUUGAACGCAGUUGAUGAUGAUGCUGAGGAUGUGGACUGGGAUGAUGUCUUCGCUGAUGCUGUUGGCGAAGAGGUCGACGUGUUCACUACUACUGAAGCGACGGCAAUCACUGAUAACGAUGUUGUGGAAGGCGAUAUCAUGAGAGCCAAGGUUAUGGCUCUGGAAACCGCCGAUGAAGUUGAGGCUAUAGAAGAACCAACUACAUCAAGAAAACGAAAAUUAGCCGCCGACGAGGUGGUGGUGGCGGAUGGGGCGAACGCUGCAACAAAGGUAGUCGACAAACGCAAAACUGCGAAGAAAAAUAAGUUCACUGUCUCAAAAACCGAUGAUGAAGUUUCGGCUGUUGCUAAUAAGGCUAAACGAGUUUCGACCACGAAGAAGAAGGCCAGCAACUACUACUCCGAUGCGAAUGUGAAGAAUAAGAAUAGAAACGAGAAGAAGAAACAGGGACGCAAGGGUCGCGAUAGACAAUAAAUCGAAUCUCUGCUAGGGAGUGCGAACACCCCCUGCGAGUCCAUCUGUGGCAUGAGGUGAAAGGACCUGAGUUACACGCACACGAUUUGUAAAUAAGUAUUUAGUUUAAUAAAUUAUAAAUAUAACUGG